CAGUUACCGGCUCGCGUAGAGUAAUUGAAGUCCCGCGGAGAUCUCUUAUCUCACCCCGAGUACGUACUAACUGAUAUAAAACAGGUCAGUUACGGUGGAUCGCUCCGUUAGUGACAAAGUUGCUCAGCGCCCACACGAUGGAGUCGAAAAGUAUUCUCGAAAAUUACCCGUACCUGACGAAGGAAUACCUGGAGGGUAUUCUGCGCAGCGAUCAGUGCGAAGGUUCGAUUACGGUGAAGGACUUUGAGGUGGUGCCGGCGCUGGGAAAGGGUGAAAACUACUCCAGCGAUAUUCUGCGGGUUAAGGUGAACUAUGUCACCGGCAGUAGCAAUCAUCGCACUCAAAGCUACAUAGUCAAGUCUUCGCUGGCAAGCGAAGGAAUGGCUGAGAUGUUGGAAGAGUACGACGUGUUCCAUCGGGAGAUUGGCGUGUACAAGAACGUGAUGCCCAAGGUGGAACAGCUGCUGGCCUCCAUCGGCUACACGAAGAAGUUGGCACCACAAGCGCACGCGAUCGUCUCGACGAACCCGAAGCACUUUGUCUUUGAGGAUCUGUCCCUCCAGGGCUAUCGAUCGGCUGAUAGAAAGCAGGGCUUGAGUUACCACCAGCUAGAGAUGGUUUUGGAGAAGGUCGCCAAGUUUCACGCUGCGACAGCGUUCCUGUUCGAGCAGGACGAAGAAAUCAUGAAGGACCACAAUUACCGGAACAUCAACGAAGAGGUGCCCCACUUUUAUCCACUGUUCCAGAACAGUAUGGUGGCGUGUGCCGAGCAGGCUCGAAAGUGGCCAACCACGGCCAAAGCAAUCGCCGAUAAGCUCUUCAAGCUGGAGCAGACCGUCAUCCCGAAGGGCUGCCAGGUGUACACCCGAGACAACACCACCUUCAACGUGCUAAACCACGGUGACCUUUGGGUGAACAAUGUGAUGUACAAGAACGAUUUACGGGGCAACCCCGUGGACUGCACGCUGGUGGACUACGCGGUCGGGUUCUUUGGAUCGCCUGCGAUCGACCUCAGCUACCUGCUGUUUACGUCCUCGUCGGACGAUGUCACGACGGAGCAGUUUGACUUACUGCUGCAGUAUUACCACGCGGAAUUGGUGGAUUGUCUGGCCAAGUUGGGCUACUCGAAGAAACUUCCAUCUUUGCUGGAUAUUCAGGUUGAGAUGCUGCGGAAAGGGUUUGUUGGUAUCAUGUUUGUCACGUUCCUAAUUCCGCUGCGGUUGAUCGAAGAUACGGCUAGUGCUGAUUUGGGGCAUUUGCUUGGAUCUUCGGCGGAGGCCGUGGACUUCCGACGACGGAUGUUCAGUCAUCCCAAGUACCAGGGCAGGAUGGAAUACCUAUUGCAGUAUUUCGAUAGGAAGGGAUAUUUGGAUUGAAAACUAAGAUAUAACAAGAAAACGAUCAACACAGCGAAAAA